GACGCCUAGAAUUUAACACCACCUCCGGAUGUUUUCCGUUUGUUCUUCGAUAUAACGAAUUAUUUGUAGAUUUAAUAUAUUUUAAAUAUAGUUUUUUGGUAUGGUGUUGCAAAACGUUGAAUCUCCAAUGGAAUUAAAGUUGCGAGAUCUGCCAAGGGCAGUAAACACAACGACAGUAAAAUGUUCGUAUGCUCUUAAUUCGGUAGUCUCUCCCGUGUGUUCGGCAAGAAUAAGUACUAAUAGCAAUAUAAUAAUUAGUGAAUAAUUUUUAAAGGAAUCAUAAUAAGCAUUCGAAUAAUUUAAUAAAAAUGCAGAAAACAAAUUUCUACGACCCAAACUAUUCGUCUAUUGUUCGUUGUUGUGACGUGUAUUUUUAAUAAUCGCUUCGCUUUGGUUUUAUUGUUCGGAAAAAUUGGUCGCUUAGAUAAGAUCACAUACAUAUAUUUAAAAGUGCAUAUAAAUAAUACACUGAAAAAUAAGUUCAAAGUGAAGGUGAAAAAGUAUCGGAGAUAAUUUCAUGGCCCAUAUAAACUAUGUAUAAAACUCAAAGAUAAAAUCUCAUAGAACGGGCAAGGCAAUGUGUUUACCCUAUUAACUGACAAAUCAAAAACACAUACUUGUUGGGGACUGUGAAUCUGUUGAAACCUAUUAUCAUUUUAUCAACUUCUCUUAGCACAAAAGCAAAAUGACCGACCAAAGCUUUGCAAUGCGUUCCCAACAUAUUAUAGUUGUACUAAUUGUUUUAACAAUUUUUGCUGCACUGACUUUCAGUGAAAGUAUUCCUACUCAAAAUAUGUCACACAAAGAACGAAUUGAUUUGCGGAAUGAAGCCCGUGAAAUGUUUUAUCACGCAUACAGAGCUUAUAUGGAUAACGCUUAUCCAGCAGAUGAAUUAAUGCCCCUUUCUUGCAAGGGGCGGUAUCGCGGCGUUACACCUUCGCGUGGCGAUAUGGAUGACAUUUUGGGCAACUUUUCAAUGACUCUGGUUGAUACCCUUGACACAUUGGUAUUGCUGGGAGAUUUUGAUGAGUUUGAACGAGCUGUUCGCUUAGUAAUACGAGACGUGGCCUUCGACAGCGAUAUAAUAGUUUCCGUUUUUGAGACGAAUAUACGCAUGGUGGGUGGCUUGCUUUCGGCGCAUGUUUUGACAGAGCAUAUACAGAAGAAUAAUGGUGCUAUGCUGUGGUAUAAGGGAGAAAUGUUAGAGAUGGCUCGUGAUCUGGGAUAUCGUUUAUUACCAGCCUUUAACACAUCAACCGGAAUUCCGCAUGCUCGCGUAAAUCUACGUCAUGGCAUGAAAGAUGAGUUGUUAAAAAAGUCACGAGAAACAUGUACGGCAUGCGCUGGGACUAUUUUACUGGAAUUCGCAGCAUUAUCGCGUUUGUCUGGUGAUCCCAUAUUUGAGGCACGUGCACACACUGCCAUGGAUGCGCUUUGGAAGUUGCGGCAUAGAGGUUCUGAUUUAAUGGGCACAGUACUUAAUGUUCAUUCAGGGGACUGGAUACGUCGUGAUUCGGGUGUUGGAGCUGGUAUAGAUUCAUAUUAUGAAUACUUAUUUAAAUCUUACGUGCUACUGGGUGAUGACAAAUACUUAGCACGCUUCAAUCGCCACUACAAUGCAGUUAUGAAAUAUGUUAGCGAAGGUCCAAUGCUUUUGGAUGUACUCAUGCAUAGGCCUCAUGCGAAGUCACGUAAUUUCAUGGAUUCCUUGUUGGCAUUUUGGCCUGGGCUGCAGGUGCUAUCUGGAGACAUAAAACCAGCUGUACAAACCCAUGAAAUGCUUUACCAAGUAAUGCAAAUGCAUACGUUCAUUCCAGAAGCAUUUACUGUCGAUUUUCAAAUUCAUUGGGGGCAACAUCAUCUACGCCCUGAGUUUAUUGAAUCCACAUACUUUCUUUAUCGCGCCACUGGCGAUCAUCAUUAUCUUCAAGUUGGAAAAAAGGCAUUAAAAACAUUGCAGAAAUAUGCAAGAGUUCCUUGUGGAUAUGCGGCUGUAAACGAUGUUCGCACUGGAAAACAUGAAGAUCGGAUGGACUCCUUUGUACUCUCAGAAACGUUCAAGUACUUGUUUCUGCUAUUUUCAGAACCGCAGGAUCUGUUAGUUAAUGUCGACGAAUUUAUUUUCACUACAGAGGCGCACUUGUUGCCACUAACUAUCGCACAACUAGGAAAUACAACAUUUAGUUUUAGGCAAACUGACGAACAUAAUAUGCUGGAUUUUAUGCGUACAUGCCCCAACUCCAACAAACUUUUCCCAGAAAAAAUACGCAAGCCACUGCGCAACUUUAUUACGGGUUCAUGCCCCCGUGCACCCAUCGGAAAAAGAUUACGAGCUUUGGACUUUCAAGCAAGCAAUGCUGAUCAUUUGCGGGCUAUUUACGACAUGGGCAUUACCAUGGUGUCCCUAGGUGAUGGCAAGGUGCGCCUCUUUCAUAGUUUCUAUAACGCGAAGAGCCCAGAAGAUGGGGAAAUGGGUUUACUCUUUAUGCAAGAAAUGCUAGAAUUGACCAAAAUUCAAAGCAUGAACCAACUAGCCCAACUUCAGGCGGUUGCUUAUUCUGUAGAUGGCAACUCCAAUGAGUGGACAGCGUUGAUGGCUGGCCCAUCGCAUUUUAGUCCCGAAUUGGUUGGAGAACAAUUUGUCGAAGGAGAACUGAUUUUUGCAACCCCCUUUCGGGCAUGCAAUGUACUUACAAACAGCGCUGAAAUCAGUGGGAAAGUGCUAAUUGCUGAACGAGGAGACUGCACAUUUGUAAGCAAAGCACGUCUGGCACAAUCAGCUGGCGCUCUUGCACUAAUAGUUUGUGAUAAUGUACCGGGAUCUUCUGGGGAAACCCAACCCAUGUUCGCUAUGUCUGGGGAUGGCACCAAUGACGUUACGAUACCAGUCGUCUUUAUGUAUUCGCUAGAGUUUAAUAAACUCGCUAACAUGAUGGAACGCAAACAAAAAUUGAACGUGCGAAUAAUGCAAAUGAUCGAGUUUAAGCGUUGGAAACUAGCCAAAGAUUCAACACGGCAACCAACUGUAAAAAAUUUCGGAUCGACAAUUGGCACUGAGUCAUACGUCGACCAUAAAACCAACCCAUCAACUGACCGAACAACGCAAUUUCUAGCGUCAGCAGAUGACGUAAAGUCCGAUGAAAAUUUAGCGGGAGCAGUAAACUCAGCUACGACUAAAGUUCCAGUGGCGACGUUGACAACGGCGGAAUCGGAAAACACUAGGGAAGAACUAUAGUGAUGGCGCAAUUCUUCCCAUUCUAAGUAAAUUGAGUGCCCAAAAUUUUUUUUAAAUUAUUAAGUGUACCUUAUGGUUUAAUUAUUUUUUUGAGGGUGAAACAUCUUUUAGAAUAACCAAUUCUCGCCAUGUAAUAACAAAAAAUAUAUACAUAUUGAAAAGUUCCGAAUUCAGUCAAAGCUGAUAAAUAUGUUUAAAUGUAAGGUAUUUCAUAAUAAUACCGAUACAGUGAUACAAUGAUAUAUAUUUGAAUUUUCAGUUAUGUAUAAAUAGGUUUUAUAGAUAUACUGUCGAACUAAUUUAAUUGAGAGAAAUAUAAAUAAGCUGCUAUGCAAUUCGGAAUUCUGUGCAUAUGUAGUUUAAGAACUUUUGCAGUGCAGCUUAUAUAAACGUGAUUAUCUAAUCCUGUAACAUAAUGAAUAUAAUUUAAACAUUAAAACAUUGAAUUUGGUAAACCUAAACCUAAGUAAUACCUCACGAACUAUGAAUGUAUUGUUAACGGUGUGAUGAAGUACGUGUUGAGGUCUAAGAUAAUUUUAUAAUUACGAUUUAGACUACAACAUUUCAAACGCAAUGAAUGAAAAUUAAAUUGUAAUAUAUAGCCUACGAUAUACAGGAAAGUAAUUGAAUUAAAACAUUUGUAUAGAAUAAUUAAA